CUACUGCUGUCCAUAUGAUAUCGGUUUAGCACCCCCGCAAGGCUCAAUCGCCCAAUCCCCUUAUUUCGGCUAUUUCGAGACGGCGCUUCGCUUCGGACUAACCCCCCCACGCAACCCCUAUUCGCUCUCGGUCCCUCCUCUCGGGCACUGCAAGCAGCGAGCGACUCUUGUGGCCGGUCAACCACCACCCGCUAGCACUAGUAGGGACUUUUGUUGUGAGACGAGCUAAAGUGGCGUCAGAGCGGAAGCAGUCUCGCAAGCUCAACUUUCGCACGCCCCCGUCACGUUCGAGGAAAGCCUCCAACAUCCGCCUUCAACACAAUGUCGCUAUACACUCGUCUCCCAGAGGUCGAUGAAGCCUCAGACUCCCCUUUCUCACUCACCGUCACCGGCGACUCCCCAGCGAGCGGCUCGACGCCAGCGCUUCCAUUCGGGCGCCACGACGACGACGACGACGACCAACCCGCCAGCCAUGUCCGCAUCAACAUUCCCCACAGCAACAUCACCCGACCCACAUCGCUAAAGUCCCCUUUCCCAGUAUCUGCGUACGACGACGACCACCUUCUUGAAGACGACGGCUGCUUCUCCCCAGGCUCACCCAACGAACCCGAAUUCCCAAAGUUUAUCAAACUGGUCGGCCAGCCUAAACCCGAGGCUUCUGGAGACCAGGUCUUAGAAACCGACCCUCUCACGGGAGCGCCCAUAAAACCAACCCCCGCAUCGGUUGUGAAUUCCGUCGACCACGAGAAUGUGCUCGUUGACGUUCUGGAAGCCGAAAAUGAAGACCCGUUCACGUUGGAGGGCUUCGACAGCCUCAUACAGAUGCAUAUUGAGAAGGAGAAGGAUUUCAUCAUUGCGAGGGUGACGACUGUUGACCCGAAUGAUGAGACGAGGCUUUAUUAUAGUUACUAUGCUGCACAUCAUAUCAAUAAGGUUCUUUUUCGAACGCAACCUGAGGAGGGGCUUUUACAUCGCAUGAAGGCAAAGAAUCCUUUGAACAACAUGACAAUUGUCGGAGAUGUUCAUUACUACGUCGUCAGCGCCGCCUCGGCAAUAGCCACCAGCCCGCAGGCAGAAAACCCCCGUAACUCGUUUGAUUCCGUGCGAUCUUUCUCCUCGAUCCGAUCCGCGACCUCCAUUCGCAGCAUGAUAUCAAUAUUCUCCACCGCUUCCGUUGGAUCAGUAGGGUCAGGCCGCCGAGAAUUCGACCGAUUCCGGCGGAAACCUCGCGCAAAAAGCAGCGGAGUCAACAUCCAUGACUCGGAGGGGAGCAAAGCGGGACUGAGUCGGUUAUUACGAGUGGGGCAACAUGGGUCCCGAAAACGAACGCUGCACCUGAUCAUGCGGCCCGAUGCUGUGGAGAAUGUGAUCGAGGACGCCGUGCCAUUGACCGAGGAAGAGGGAGGGAAAGCCCGACCGAAGGAGGGCAAGCAGGUUGUUAGCCGGAGGAAGAUGAGGCCGCACUCGGCACAGCCCGACCUGAGCGAGAGGGAUACUAGGCUACAGUCGCCGGUUGAUAGGAACGCACUUGCAGCACCGAAGUUUGAUAAAAGCAGGAGAAGCUCCAUGGAUGACGCAUACGCAGAGUCGAACGGGAUUAACUCAGUCACGUCUCCCAUCCCGUUGCAAACUGGCGUCGUAGACACGAACGGCGCACAUGGGACUACCGCCAACUUCCGCGCCGGAAGCACGACGCCCAAAAUCCACCGUCGGGUGCGGUCCAUCAGCUUCACAAACGAGCACCAUCCCACACAAACAGCCCAGGACUGGAUGCGGACCCACAACCAAGGAACCGAACCCCUCCUCCCCACAUCCAAACCCGACCUAUCAUCGCACACCCGAUCCCUCGCCAUCCCCAACCCCUUAACCUCCCACACCCACUCCACCUCCCAAUCCAUCUCAAUCUCAACCCGCCGCAACCCCUCACCCACCCGCUACCGCCCCCGCGGCCGCACCCCCCUCCUCGAACAAGCCCUCUCCCCCUCCUCCCCCUUCAUCCCCGAACCCACUUACUACAUCGCGCGCUACUACGCCUCCGACGACGACUUCCUCAUGAAAUCCGCUAUCCGCGCUUACUUCAAACAAAACGCGCUCGAAACGCAGGACGCGGUGCUGUUCACCAUCCCAUCGUCGAGGGAUGAGAAUACCCAUUUGGUCAUGGAGGGGACGGAGGAUCACCCUGCCUUGACGGGGUUUGUGUAUGCGGUUAGCGAGGAUGAGGAUGUGGGGUGGUUUGGGAUUGGCGGGAGGAAUGUGAGGCUGUUCAAGUGGAUGUUGUUGGGUUAUGUGCUGUUUGGGUUUGUGGUUAUCAAGUUCAUAGUCCCGGAUGAAUGGGCCUACGUCACCGCCUUUGUCCUCAUAUUCCUACUGUGUCUGAUCAUGAUCCUGUGCCUGUAGAACAGAAGGCUCCUCCAGCUUCACCACCACGCCCUAGUUCUAGAACACAUUCGCCGCCUCCUCAUUUAGAACUCACACCUCUUCUUGAAACCUCUAAUUUUUUGUUUUGUACAUAGUAAUUUGGUUCCGUGUCCCCGUUUUUUUUCUAUUUCCGUAGAAAUACCUCAUCGAUUGAUUUAAACGCCAUAUCAAAAAACACUCUGUGCGUUGAG